GUCUUUAUUGGAGCUUCGCUGUUUAUAGUGAUAGUCAUUCGCAGUUUGUGACAAUGUUAAAGGCUAUAUGGAAGUGCUAGAAGCCCCUAGGAAUCGUUCAAAUCCAACGAGAUUGCCUCCUCUUAAAUGCCAUAGAGGGAGCAGGACCGCCAUCAAAAGUGGCGGUUCAGUAACUUCUCAGUUACUAGAUAAGUUGGAAGACUCUACAAAAGCGCGCGAAAAGCAGGUUUGUCAUAUAUAACAAUAAUAUUAAUAAUAACAAUAUGAUUUCUCCUUUUCCUUUUCUUUCUAUUCUUCUUUAUUCAAUUUUAUUAAAUAUUACAAUAAGAUACAUUCUUCUUUCAAUAAAAAAUAUCAUAAAAAGGCCUAAUCAUUACUAGAAUACAUAAAGGAGUGUUAAACUAAUAAACUGUCAUAAUAGAAUCUAUUGAAUAAUCCAAAGGGUGCGAUCCCUAGAUAUUUUCCUGACCCAAAAGAAAAUAAUUCGAAUAAACGAGAAUAGGAGAAAGAGAAGAGAAAUAUAAUAGAAAAAGGAAGAUAAGUUUGUCUGUUGUAUACGAGAGAGUAUAUUACAUGUGUUUUUAUUGUUUAAUAAAACGUAUGAUAACGUUUAGAUGAGCUAAAAAAAACUGCUGAUAAGAACGUCAUUUUUUAUAAAAUUUUAGCUUAUAUUGAGAAUAUUUUUGAGAUGCAAUUAUUUAAUCUAUUUUUGCUAUUAUUCAUGCUUUUAUGAUAGUAAGUUCAGUCACCUAUUUAUGAGAUUUUUUUUAUUACUUUUUCCUCCAUUCAUUCUCUUCCUCUCUCUCUCUCUUUCUUUCUCUUACCUCCUCUCCUCCCCUCUUCCACGUGAAUAAUAACAACCAGUAUCCCCUGCCUCCUCUAACCCCUUCUUUUUCUUUCUCUCCCUUCCUCUUUCUAUUUGUCUUUGUUACUCUCUCAAUAACUUUAUUAAAAAAUAAAAGUGACGUUGUAAAAAAUCGAUAGUACUUUUUUCAUUGGUUGUUUGUAAAGUUUGAACUAUUAUUGUUUGCCAUAUUUGAUAUAUGGGAGCAGCCAGUUUUUGUUCAAGAACUUUACGUUGUUUUCUUAUUCUUCUUUAAUUUAUAAGUAAUAAAACGCUUAAGAGUCUUUCUAUAAAUAUGCAUAUAUAUAUUAAACAAACAAUCAAAGUCAGUCGAAACGUCACGUUCUCGUAUCGAACGACAUUACUUCGAUCGGUCCCUUAUCUACGUAGUAAAUAAACUUGAAUAUAAGGAAAAUAAAGACAUUAUAAGAUUGUUCAAUUUUUGUUAGAGAAAUUAAGAAGGAAUAACAAAUGAAUAACAAUAAAUAUCAACAGAAUAAAAGUGCCGAAUAUAGAAGAGAUGAUGAAGAAGUAGAAGCCUCGUUCAAUCCUAAUCCAUUACCGUUCAAAACUGAAUCGUUCAAAUCUUCAACGGUUGUUAAACGGGUACCACUGAUGAACCGAAAUGAAUACGCUCACUUCCUGUUUGCUCAGCCAGAUCAAACUUAUAUGCCAAAAACUAGAGGCCUUUUCUUACGUACAGAGAGAUAUGAAACUGAAGAAAAAUGUAGCUUUCGCGAAACGAGUCCAACAAAUCAAAGGGAGAGAAUUCAAGCAGAAAGAGUCUACGGUGAUCGAAUGAAGGAUUGGAGGAGAAGAAGAGAAUUUAUGACUCAUCGAAUACCUCAUCAUCUCCUAUUAGGAGGGACAAAAGUUGCUAUGAACGAGCGUAUGGAUAUAACUGGAGAGAUACGGCGCUUAAAACAAGUCACCUUACCAGAUAGAGCAAAGGAUUUAUAUGUCGGUCGAGGAAUUAAAUUACCACCAACCCAUGGAAUAAAUAAACCAAAAGUACUUCCCACACCCCCAAGCAUGCUAAAGAAGGAAAAACGCGUUCACACACUUGUUCAACCUCCUCCAACUGCCUCUAACAAAACUGUAUUUUCCGAAGUAUUCCAGACGUAUGCCGACCGUUUCGAUCCAGAAAAAGUAGACAUACUUUAUUCUUCAAUAAAAAAUGAAAGUGAAAUAAUUCAAUUUCAACAUUUCGAGCAAUCGAUCAAGUCAAAUUUGACGAAAUGUCAAAUUGAAUAUCUCCAAAAAUUCUUCCAAGAACUUAUAUUUGCCAAAGAAGAUAAAAAUUCCGUUUUCUUUUUUUCCGCUCUUGCUGACUGCAUUGCUGAUUGGGCGGACGAAGAUAUAACUCAAUCUUUUGAUAAAUAUCAAUAUGAAGACUUUGAACAAAAUUUAUAUUCUCAUGCACAUUCAUUCGUAUCAAUCGAUCUCGAGAAAAAAGGGGUUGCCAACCUUGAGGCAUUGAUUAAGAAUCUAAAUUUAAAAGACUCUGAUUGCAGACCUCUUCUUAAUGUAAAUACUUUCUUAUUUUCUUUAUAA